AUGACCAGAACCAACAACACUAAUACACUCUCCAACGUUUCCCCCUUUUUACUUAAAAAGGCUAUCGACAUUACGUGCAGUGGUGAGGUUGAAGAAUGUAAGAAAAUUCGUAGUGGAAGUGUCUUAAUUAAAACCAAAAAUCAUGCUCAGGCAAACAGAUUAAUAACAUUAACCACUCUAUCCAACGAAAUCACAAUUCAAAUUACCGAACAUAAAACUUUGAAUUAUUCCAAAGAUGUGAUUUAUUGCAACGCUCUCCGUGGCAUCCCACAAGACGAGAUUUUGGAGGAACUUAAAUCUCAAAAUGUUUGUCUUGUUGAAAAAAUCCUUAAAAAGGAUAAUAAUAACUUGAUUGAAACGGGACUAGUGGUAUUAACAUUCGACUCAACUACAUUACCAGAAGAUAUUCGUAUUGGCUAUGAAAAAAUCAAUAUCCGACCGCAUAUACCGCGACCACUCAGAUGCAACAAUUGUUUUUACUAUGGAAAUAUUUCUAAAUUCUGUAAAAAUAACAACACUUGCCCCUUCUGCGCAAAAGACUACCAUUUAAAUACAGAAAGUAAAGAAGAGUGUAGAAACAAGAAACUUUGCGUCAACUGUCAUAUCUCUAAGGUUACUCCAAACGACCACUCAGCUAUUGAUAAGAAGUGUCCAAUAUUUAUUAAACAGCAAGAGCUCCAAGCAAUAAAAACAACGCUCAAAGUUGAUAACAAGACUGCCUUCACCAUAUAUCAAGAACGCCAUCAACAUAAUCAUGCUACAUACCUUUCUGUUGUUACCACCCAGCCACCAAUUAUAGAAAAUACCCAUUCCCAACCAACAACAGUGCUUCCACCAUCAUCACAGAGACCAGCUGAACACCACCCACCCAUCAACACUACAAAUCAACACGGACGGCCCGUCGCCACUUACAGCGAUGUUGUAAUUGAGUCCGACUCUGAACCAAAUUCAACAUCAUCAGCACAUGAUUUAGCAUCGAAAGUCAUCUCCAACACCAAACUCAAAAUCUUCCCGAGAAACACUUCUAAACGCCUCAUAUCUCAAUUAAAAAGUAAAAACAAACUAAUUUCAAAAUCAAAUGUCAAACAGCCUGGCAAAACAACAACAAACCAUGAAAGCGAAGAAGCUAUGGAAGAUUUUUAA